CAGCUGAUCUUCCCGUUUUCUGGAAAGCGCAAUUAUUUAUUUGUUAUUGUUGUGAAAUUGCACAAAACAGCACUUUUUUUGCUAAUUUUUAACUAGAAAUACCUAAGUUUUAGCAAUGAGUUCCAAUGAAAAUGUGUCCUGCUUGUCGAAAAGUAUCAAAUUCUCAAGUGUUACUGAGUUAUUUGAGAAAAUUCGUGAAACAAAAAAUGCUCAUAGGAAGGAGGAGUUGUUGAAGAUAUUCCUCCAGACUUUUCGCAAUUUCCGGGAAAAUGCCCAGAAAAGCGAUAAGGAUCAGAAUACAAGUUUUUACCCAAUUCUUCGGUUGUUGCUUCCGAAUUGUGAUCUGGAAAGGGGCUCAUAUGGUAUCAAAGAAGCAACUCUGGGGCGCCUCUACAUCCGGGUGUUGGGAAUAGAUGGUAAAAGCACCGAGGCUAAAACCCUACUGGAAGGAAAUCCAAGUUGUGCGGAUUAUGGAGAAGUUGUCUACCAAGUGAUGAGAGCAAGAUCAAAGUUGGAGUCAGAAAUAACCGUGUUUGAGGUCAAUCAGGGGCUUGAUUCUAUCGUCAAUCAUUUCCAGAAUGGUCAUAUGAAGAAAAUCGAUGAUGUUCUCGUGAAGUUCAUCUCUGAAAUGACAGCAAUUGAUCAAAAGUGGCUUACGCGGGUUAUCCUAAAGCACCUACCGCUGGGAAUCGGUAGGCAAAAGAUUCUCAAUAUCCUGCAUCCUCAAGCAAUUCAGAUCUACAAUAGCAGCAGCAAUCUCUCCGCGGUUUGCGAAUUAAUGAAUGCACCUGAGUCAUUCACCAAUUCUGCAAGUUCCUCACACUUCGAUAUAGAAUCCAUAAAAAUUUUCAAUCAUGUUAAGCCGAUGCUCCUGGCCAGAAUAAGCCUGCACUUAUUGAAGGAAACGGUGAAUCAGGGUGAAUAUUUUAUAGAGACAAAAAUGGACGGAGAACGCUUUCAUAUGCAUCGUUCAGGAUCCGAAUAUCGAUUUUUCUCAAGAAAUGGACACAACUACAGUGAUAAAUUUGGCAAGGACUUUACAUCAGGGAGUAUUACACCGUUCAUUCACAGUCUCAUUGCCAAGAAUGUGGACAGCAUCAUUCUCGACGGGGAAAUGAUGGUGUGGAAUCGAGAGGAGUCAUUUUUCUACACCAAAGGAGACAACUACGAUGUAAAAAAUCUUCAGAGGGAUGAUCCUACGCUUCGGCCAGUUUAUUGUGUGUACGAUGUGAUAUUUCUCAAUGGAGAAAGUCUCACAAAGAAACCAUAUGCGGAAAGAAGGCGACUCCUUGCCACUCUUGUGACCGAAAAGCCGGGAACUCUCAUCUUGGGAACGUACAAAAAACUGAGGGAUUUUGACCAUGUCCUUGAAUGCUUCAAUGAGGCCAUAGAUAAAUGUGAAGAGGGGAUCGUGAUUAAGAAAAUGAGCUCGCACUAUCGACCAGGCGAACGAGCUAUUCAAACAGGAUGGUUCAAAAUUAAACCAGAUUAUGUGGAGGGUGCGGUGACUGACCUGGAUUUGCUAAUUAUUGGAGGAUACUAUGAGACUCGAAAGCGAUACAUUGAUUCGUAUCUCAUGGGUAUUUAUGCAAAUGGGCCUGGUGAGAGGACAGAUCCAAUAUUUCAUUCAGUGGCAAAGGUCAGUACCAGGGGUCUAAAGUUUGUGGAGAGGCGUAAAUUAAAUGAAGAUUUGAGGGAACACUGGAAAGUGGUGGAGAUGGAGAAGGGUGGUGGCAGAAGAGGGGGAUCUUCUGUGGCACCACAAUGUCUUGAGUGGAAAAAUGCUGUGCCAGAUGUAUGGAUUGAGCCGUCCAAGUCGAUUGUGUUGGAAAUCAAGGCGACCGAAUUGACGAGAACUGACAAUUUUCGCACGAGUCAUGCUCUAAAAUUUGCACGUAUUGUUGGUGUGAGGGCGGAUAAACCAUGGUAUGAUUCCUGUACAUUGGCGGAAUUUGAGCAAUUGUGUGGAAAAAGUGGGACAACAGGUGUUGAGAAGCUGGCAAAGAGGCAUAUAACGCGAGAUGAUGCGAAGAAAAGGGUCACAAAGCGUCAGAAAGUAGUUGAGAUGGGAAAUUCAAGGAGAUUUAUCGAUCACAUGGAAAAAGUGUCGAAAAUUUGUGAAAAUUUAAAUUUCUGCAUUCUCAGCACUUCGCGAAAUAUGCCGUCAAUUGAGGAGAUUCGUGAGUUGAUUUUGAAGCACAGUGGGCAAAUUGUCGAAAAUCCCUCAUCUACAACAUUUGCCAUAAUAGCUGGUGAUGUGACGCUCAAUGUACGUAAGUACGCCGAGAAGAAGCUUUACAAUAUCGUCAAAGUGGAGUGGUUGAUGAGGGUGUUGGGGAGUGCAGCAGAGAUUCCGAAAAAAUUGCCCAAAUUUCAUCCAAAGGACAUGAUUUCUUGUACAAGAGAUCUUGAGGAUUACUUUACAAAAUCCUACGAUGAUUAUGGUGAUUCAUACACAAUUCCGGUGAAUUGUGCCAUCCUGAAGGAUCUCCUGUGUGACUUUCAACUUGAUCGGAGUCAGAGAUUACUCAGGAGAGAACUAAUAGCCAUUGCGAAUGAAAUUAAUGUAACAGGAAAUUUCUUCAGGCCUUUUUCCAUUUACUUUUUCGCUGUUAACCAAUGCCGUUCGACAAAAUUAGCAGAAAUAAUGUUCAAGUCACAUCACGGAAAUGUGAUUAAUGAAUUUAUUUCUUCAGAUUCAACAAUAAUUGCUAUAAAUCCAAUCGAAGAAUUUUUGGUUCAAUUUCGCCAACAAUUUUCCAAUGCAAAAGAGAACGAAGGAGAAAUUAAACUAAUUUCCAUUGAAUGGAUAACAAAGAGUCACCAUCAAGGAAAAAUAGAAGAAAUGUCCAACUAUCUUAUUCCUUUAUGUAAUUAACUACAAAAGAUUUUUAAUAAAUUUUUAAUGAACACCAA